CUUUUUGGUGAUCCGCUCAGCAGACCUCAUCUCCUAGUUCAUCCUUCCUUCCACAUCGUCCACUCAGAGUCUAGAGGAGGACAAUGCCGCCCAGAGUAGGUAAUAGAAGUCGGGGCCGUGGUGUUCGUACAGCUAGAUUAGCUGAUAUUGGUCGACCUCCUAGGGAUCCUACAGUUGGACCUCCGCCUCUUCAAGGGGUGGCAGAUCAUGAGUUAUCUGAGAGCCGAGAGGGACAUGGAGAAUCUUAUUCUCAUGGUGUUGAAUCAGGGGCAUAUCCGACUACACCAUCGCCUUCCUCAGCACCUGCAGUUGCACCUCCUGUUGCACCUGCAGCUCCACCUUUUGUUCCACCUGUAGCACUAGCCCAUCCUUUCCAGAUAAAUGCAGACUUGGGUGCUUUUGUGGCACAAGUAGUUACAGCAGCUGUUACAGCCAAACCUAGAGAUCCGUGGGAGAUAGUGGAUCGUGCUAGACGUUUGGGAGCUUAUGAUUUUGAGGGUUCCUCUGAUGCUGACAUUGCAGAUAAAUGGUUAAAGAAAGUGUUAAAAGUGUUUGAAUUAAUGAAGUUGACUGAUCUAGAGCAGGUGGAAAAUGUACAUGGUUUACUUCAGGGUAAGGCUGAUGCUUGGUUUGAUGGCAUUCGUCGCAGACAUGGAGUCAGACUGACUUGGGAUCAAUUUAUAAAUGAAUUUCGCCAGGAAUAAUUGUCAGAAAGUUACAAGAAAGGGAAGCAGGAUGCCUUUUUCAGGUUGUUUCAGGGAAGCCUCUCAAUAAGAGAGUAUGUUGACAAGUUUGAAGAUCUUUAUUGCUUUGUUUCAGAUAUAUUACCUUCUGAGGAAGCAAAAUGUGACAGAUUCAGA